AUGAGCAUUUUUGGAGACAUGUUGGAGGAAGAAAUGGAGGUAUUUAUGGAUGAUUUCUCCGUAGGUGGGGUUUCAUUUGAAGAGUGCCUAGUUAAUCUUGAGAAAUGUUUGGCUCGGUGUGUAAAGGUUAAUCUUGUCUUGAAUUGGGAGAAAUGCCAUUUCAUGGUGGAGGAAGGGAUAGUGCUUGGUUAUAAGAUCUCUCAUAAAGGAAUAGAGGUGGAUAAGGCCAAAAUUGAGGUUAUUGAUAAGCUUCCACCUCCGGUGAAUGUCAAGGGAGUGAGAUCAUUUUUGGGUCAUGCAGGUGUUUUGGGACAACGUGUGGACAAGAAGCUUUAUGUGAUUUACUAUAUGUCCAAGACACUAAAUGGGGCCCAAAAGAAUUACACAACAAUGGAAAAAGAAUUCUUGGCCAUUGUUCACUCUUUCGAGAAAUUCCGGUGUUAUUUGUUGGGUUCCAAGACCAUUGUCUUCACGGAUCAUGCGGCUCUCAAGUAUCUCUUUGCCAAGAAAGAGUCCAAGCCAAGGUUGAUUCGUUGGGUGCUUGAAUUACAAAAUUUUGAAAUAGAGAUUAGGGAUAAGAAGGGUGCGGAAAAUGUUGUGGCGGACCAUCUUUCUUACCUUGAGGGUGAUCAAAUUCAUGAUGAUGGUCUACCAAUUGAAGAUAGAAUGCUUGAUCAUGUCUUGUAUGCCAUUAAGGUUAAGGAUCUCCCAUGGUAUGCCGACUUGGUGAACUUUCUAGCAUGUGGGGAGUUUCCACCUUCUUUCUCCAAGAACCAAAAGAAGAAGCUUAAGAGGGAGGCAAGACAUUACUUGUGGGAUGAACCAAUCUUGUAUAAACGCGAGGUGGAUGGCUUGCUUUGGCGUUGUGUCCCAAAUGAAGAGGUGCCAAGUGUUCUAAAUAUGUGCCAUUCAGAUCCAAGUGGCGGUCAUAUGGGCGUUUCAAAAACCGCCACUAAGGUUCUUCAAUGUGGGGUUGAGGCCAUUGCCUCUCCUACUAAUGACCACAAAGUAGUGUUGAAGUUGUUCACUAAAAUCAUCUUCCCAAGGUUUGGCGUGCCUAAGGCUAUGAUAAGCGAUAACGGAUCUCAUUUUGUUCACAACGCCUUCCAAAAGAUGUUGAGGAAACAUGGAGUGCAUCAACGAUUCGGCCUCCCAUAUCAUCCUCAAUCGAGUGGCCAAGUCAAGGUCUCUAAUCGUCAAAUAAAGCUCAUUCUUGAGAAGACGGUUGCAAGGAAUAGAAAGGAUUGGUCGGACAAGUUAGAUGAUGCUCUUUGGGCAUAUAGGACGGCUUUCAAGACACCUAUUGAAAGUGCGGGGGAGAAAAGGUGGUUGGAUCUUCAUGAGCUAGAGGAGCUUAGACUUGAUGCUUAUGACUGUGCUAGCACCUACAAAGCUUGUUCCAAAGAAGCUCAUGAUAAGCUUAUUGAGAAGAAGGAGUUUUUUGUGGGUGAUAAAGUCCUCCUCUACCACUCGAGAAUGAAGUUAUUUCCCGGAAAGCUCAUGUCAAAAUGGAGUGGUCCUUUCUUGGUGAAAGAUGUUUUUGCUAAUGGCACCGUGGAGAUUUCUCCUUUGGAUUCCUCAUCUUCUUUCUUGGUUAACGGUCAUCGGCUUAAAAAUAUUUUGAUGGAGUGUUUGUUGGUCUUAUUCAUAAAAAUGAUUCUUUUCAAACCACCUUGA